AUGUAUCAAUUUACACUUGCGACGGCAAUUAUAUUUGCGCUGGUUUUGAGCAUCUCAUCUCUCGCAUUCGCACAGAAGCACAAAGUCAAUAUCAAAGGCGGUCCUUUGAAAGAGAAGGACUGGCUGGCGGAAGCCCCCGGCGCAGAGUUGGGAGAAGACCAUUCCAAUGUUAAAACAUGGAUCAGUAAGUGGUACGGUCCCGAGGGCAACUAUGAAAACAAUGGAUCCUUCCAAGUUUCCUCGAAAAGAGACCUUAUUGAUGAAGGUACCAAGGGUAAACUGACGGAACCCAAACUUUCGACGGUUGAAGGUUUGAAACUGACGCAGACCGUUAAAAUGGCUUGGGAUAAGAAGAACGGUGGUACGCGAGAGUGGACUGUCUUUGAACUUGAGGUCGCGAACGACAACAAUAUGAACCGGGACGGUCCUGGAGAUAACAUUGAUACAUACGUUAUGUGUGUUAUUGACGCACCCAAGGACAUGACAUCCGUAAUGUCACCGGCACACGAUGAUUACGCACAGAUUUGGAUCAACGGUGAUAAAUGGUACAACGAUGCUACGUGGACAGGUGGCGCGAAGAAAGUUCACUACAACAUCGAAGUCAAGUUGACGAAAGGCGCGAAUGUCCUCCUUUACCGGGUUGGCGAGUCCGGCGGUGCCGCAUACAUCAAUUUGCACUUUGAUGCUGCGACCCACAAAGCUGUCAAAAUCUAUCCUGACAAGGCGAAAGACCAGAAAAGUUUCUUCGAUGAGGCGAACGCGAUCUCCGGUGGUCCUCUGGGGGAAGACGCACUCUUAGAAGAUCCAGAGCCCAAUGCUGACGGCCUUAGACAAGAUGAUAGUGCCGUAGAAACAUGGAUCAGUAAGUGGUACGGUCCCGAGGGCAACUAUGAAAACAAUGGAACCUUCCAAGUUUCAGGUUCAAUGGACUUCAUCGAGGAAGGGAGCGGCGGUAAACUGACGCAAGCCUCGCUUUCAAUGCUUGAAGGCCUGCUCAUGACCAAAGAUAUUGAUAUGGAAUGGGGAGACGACCACGGCGGCACACGUGCGUGGACGGUCUUUGAACUUGAUGUCGCGGACGACAACAAUAUGAACCGCGGCGGUCCCGCUGAUAAUAUCGAUACUUAUGUUAUGUGCGUUAUUGAUUCUCCGAACGAUAUGACAGCUGUAAUGUCACCAGCACAUGAUGAUUGGGCGCAGAUCUGGAUUAACGGUGAAAAGUGGUACAAUAAUACCAGGUGGACAGGGGCCGCACGAACGAUUCUUCACACCGUUGAAGUUGAAUUGCAAAAAGGUGCCAACGUUCUCCUUUACCGGUGUGGUGAGUCUGGCGGUGCUGCCUAUCUCAACUUGCAUUUUGACGAUGCAACGCACAAUGCUGUUACAAUCUAUCCCCAAGAUGCAACCGAUAAGCAGAGCUUCUUCGAUGAAAUCCAACCGCUGGUUGUCUCCGUCGAACCCACUGGGAAAUUGACAACAACUUGGGCGGACAUCAAACGGCAAUAG